CUCCGAGGAGGGAGAUUUAAGUUGGUGUGCUGCUGGACAUCGUUAGCUUAGCAUCCUAGCAUUUUACACGCGGGUAGCGGCCUCGGAGGAUGGAGACCGAUGAAGACAUUAAAGCCACACCGAAGGGCUUCUACUGCAAACUGUGUGAAAUCCACACACCCAACAAGUGGAGUCUUGACGACCAUGUAAAAGGGAAGAAGCACCAGCACCUUUGCAGACUGAGGUCCAAGAGGAAGGCACAGGAGGAGAACAGCGUCUUCGUCAGUGGCUUUAAACCAGCCACGUCCAGGACGGAGCUAGCCGAGUAUUUUCAGCAAUUCGGACCAGUGUCUGAAGUCAUCAUGGACAAGGAGAAGGGUGUGUACGCCAUAGUCGAGUUUAAUGAGGUGGAGAGCACACAGACUGCGCUGGCUCAGCUGGAGCACAGGAUGGAUGGACUGAAGCUCCGUGUGAAGCCCAGGGAGAGGAAAGAGUUCAAGCUGGCCACCAAAGGAAAGCAUGACCCCAAGAAACCCCAGAUCAGUCUGGAGAGGCUCAACUACGAGCUGUGCCAGGCUGCCUCUGUAAAUGAGCAGAUGCAGAAAGUGGUGGAGAGUUUCCAGCUGAGUGAAAAUGACCGGACAGCCAGAGAGCUCCUCGUCCAGCUGCUGCAGGAAGUCUUCACCGAGUUCCUGCCAGACUGCCAGAUUGUACCUUUCGGCUCCUCCGUGAACACAUUUGGUGUCCAGUCAUGUGACCUGGAUCUGGUGUUGGACCUGGAGCACACCAAAGCCUUCCAGUCUCGGGGAAAGAAAUCUGAGCAGACAGAAGAAAAUCAGUCGGAGGACAAUCACUCUGAAGACUCCAUCCUCUCAGACAUUGACCUCGCCACGGCCACUCCAGCUGAGAUUCUAGACCUGGUGGCAGCCAUUCUGCAGAAGUGCGUACCCGGGGUGCACAAGGUCCAGUCGCUGAGCACUGCCCGACUUCCUGUGGUUAAAUUCAGCUACCGUGAGCUGAACCUAGAGGGGGACAUCACCAUCAACAACAGACUGGCGGUCAGAAACACCCGGUUCCUUCAACUCUGUUCUGGGCUGGACUGUAGAGUUCAACCGCUGGUCUACACAGUGCGAUUCUGGGCCAAACAGAAACAGCUAGCAGGAAAUCCAUUCGGCGGUGGGCCGUUGUUGAAUAACUAUGCACUGACGCUGAUGGUCAUUUUCUACCUGCAGAAUGUAAACCCACCUGUGCUGCCCUCUGUGGAGCAGCUCAAGAACAUGGCAUGUGAGGAGGAGCAGUGUGUGAUCGACGGUUGGGACUGCACCUUUCCUAGUCAGCCCUUCACUGUCCCACCAAGUAAAAACACAGAUGAUCUCUGCACUUUGCUUUUUGGUUUCUUUACUUUCUACUCCACGUUCGACUUCCCUGGGUCAGUGGUGUCUCUGAGAGAGGGUCGCACUCUGCCCAUCACAGACUUUCUCAGCAGGGACGAGGAGAUGCCUGACAAUCCGGAGGGUUCCGACCCCAAACAGAGAAAUACAGCUUGUCCCAAACUGGGCCCUGUAAACAUCCUUGACCCGUUUGAGCUCCACCACAACGUGGCAGGGAACCUGAGUGAGCGGACGCACAGAAACCUCCACAGAGAGUGCUGCGAAGCCGAGAAGUACUGCCGCAGCCUGCAGUAUCAGCACAAGUCUUCCAAGGGCAAGUCCUGGGGCCUGGUGCGGUUGUUCGCCCCUCGUGUUGAGGGCGGCCCUCGAUCCCAGGAUGGCAAGGAGAAGUCUCUGGAGAUCAGCAUCCCCUUCCGGGCCUCCAUUCUGCCUGAAUCCCUGCGGAAAGAGCUGGGCUCAGCUGGAGACGCUUUCCGGGUCUUUUGGUUUGCAAAACUGUGCACCGCAGUGGAGGCUGUGUUCAAAGACAUUCUGAAGUGUACACCUUGCGAGGAGCCUACGAAUAGCCGAGCUCAAGCAAAGACUGGAGAAGAUGAAGAGGAAGUGAACAAUAAUGAGAGUCUAAAACAAGUGACAAUCCACUCCGGGGUAAAGCGGCCUUUGCCUCCCGAGGAAAGCCCAUCCUCCUCUUCCUCCCCACAGGGAAAGAGGCAAAGACUGGACCCUUCUGCAGAACACCCAGAGAAGGCUUGCUGGAGCUGGGCUCAGAGACACCAGGUGUGGGCCGGCCGCAGGAAGGUCCGGAGAGAUAUGCUGAAAAAGAGCGAUGAGGCUUCCAAACCCGAAGGUGGCUGCAGCAGCAUCGAGAGCAGGGUAACACAGUGCAUCAUUGAGAAAGAGGCAGAUCCCAAGGAUCUGCUGGAGUUCAGGGUGGAUGGGGUGGUUGUGGGUGGGGGAGAAAGCACGAAGGCAGUGCUCAAGUUCACCCCAAACAAUGACCUUCAGGGACAUUUUCAAGACUUCUUCCACUUCCUUGAAUCUUUUCUGCCUAAAAUGGUAGAAACAUUGCUAGCGAAACAAGAAUAAUUCAUUUUUUUUUGUUGUCCUUAUCCUUGUAGUCACCUUAAGGUCUGGCUUGUAAUAAAUUUUGGAAUUUUGUUAAAGUGAAUCAGUAGUUUAUGAAAGUUAUGGUAAUUAGUGACAAUCGUUUGGCAUGGUUUUUGUUGACUUUGUCUUUUUUUUCAUUGUCUUUUUG